UCAUUGUAAAAAAAUAAAAAACGAAGACUUCUUCGGCUGUUACGGUGAAAAACUUUUGUAUUUGCGCGUAUUUUCUAGCAGAAGUAAUCAUUAUAAAAACCAAGUUAUUGCAAAAUUUUCAAUAAUUUAUUUAAAAAAGCUAUAUAUUUGUAAAAUGCCAAAACCUAAAGGUUUGCAGCGGCCAAGUUAUAAUAGUGGCAGCGGUGGUUCACGCUUUUCUUCACUUAACGACUACCAAAAUGACCAUGACAACCGCGACGAGAUGAUGCGUAAAAAAGAACGCAAUUCAACGCGUAGAGUUAGUUUUAAACCCUCGCAAUUGCAAUCGAAAUGUGGCAUUAAAAGUCGUUUGGCAGAACUGGCGGUACGUACGCGUUUGGAAGAUGAUGAAGAUAUGGAUGGUCUAGCUACGACAUCAACGUUUGAUGAACGCACAAGAGGACCACGACGUAAAGGUUCUCCCAUACCAAAAGGGAAGUUUGGACAAACCCGCAAACUAAUGCCCAGUACAUUCGGAUGGUAUCAAGUGACGAUACAAUUUGCUCAGCGUUAUUCCAAAGAUGAUGUUAUACGUGCCCUACUGAAUGUCAUUUCUCCAGAGAUUUUCAUACCACAUUAUUGGCGUACCGAAAAGAAUUGUGUGCAAUUUUUUGUCGAUGACUAUUCGAUCGCUCAGCGUUUGCAGAGCGUUGAGCGCAAUGUUCAAAUGCAUGAUGGUUAUCGUUUAUCUAUACGGGUGCGCGCUAGUUGCCCAGUUGUCUCCGUGGAUGAAGAAUUCAAGGAAAAAAUGAAGCUAGUUAUGGCCAAACGUUAUAAUCCCCAAACGAAAGCAUUGGAUAUGUCCAAGUUUCACGCUGAUCCCGACUUUCGCAAUAUAUUUUGUGGGCUUUUUCGCUCACAAGUCAUGUCGGCCGCUUUAGAUAUCAUCGAAAAGAAUAUACCGGACUUGGAGGCUUUAAAUUUAAAUGAAAACAGCUUAUCAGGAUUGGACAGUUUUAAAAACGUUGAACAGCGCUUACCGAAUUUAAAAAUACUCUACCUGGGUGAUAAUAACAUCGCUUCCCUCGCACAUCUAUUGGUUUUACGUAAUGUGCCCAUUAUGGAAUUGGUAUUAAAAUCGAAUCCUUUGCGACAACGUUACAAAGAUCACUCAUUCUAUGUCAGUGAGGUGCGACGUAAAUUUCCAAAACUUGUGAAACUGGAUGGCGAGGAGCUGGAACCUCAAAUACUUUUCGAUGUCAAUGAUACCUCUUCUUUGCCAAGGGCUAAGGCUUCAUUCUUAUGUGAUGCUUCCGGAGCGGAUAUAAUACGUCAAUUUUUGGAACAGUAUUUUAUAAUAUUCGAUUCCGAUAACCGGCAACCUUUACUGGAUGCCUAUCAUGAGCAGGCCAUGAUGUCUAUCUCUGUGCCGUCAGCCAGUCAAGCUGGCAGACUUCAAUCAUUUUGGAAAUUCAAUCGUAAUUUUCGCCGUAUUGUUAAUAAUGAGGAAAUAAAUAAAAUACGUCAAUUAAAAGUCGGACGUUUACCGGUUGUUUCUACUCUGGCUGAAUGGCCAAAAACGCAACAUGAUCCUCAAUCUUUUACCGUGGAUUUAACUUUAUUUACGCCCAAACUUAUAUGUUUUACUGUUGGGGGUUUGUUCAAAGAAUUCGAAUCAACCAACAACCCAACGGGCGAUAUACGUUAUUUUCAAAGGCAAUUUAUUAUUGUACCAGCUGGCGGCGGUUUUUGUAUACGGAAUGAAAUGAUAUUUGUAACAAGCGCUGUCGGAUUACAAGCAAGAGCUUUUCUCAAACCACAACAGACGAUGCCAGCAGCGGGUACUGCUGCCACGACGGCGGCAACAAAUAGCUUAAGCAGUGUACAAAAUAGAUUACAGAUGAAUCAACAAGCCACGACUUCGGCUGCAGCAGCUUUAAUACAUCUCCCAGCAAACCAACCUGAUGACGCUACCAAAAUGCAAAUGGUUCAAGCGAUGUCUAUGCAAAGCCACAUGAAUAUGGAGUGGAGUAGAAAAUGUUUGGAAGAAAACAAUUGGGAUUACAAUCAUGCCACCUUCGUGUUCGAUAAAUUACAAAAGGAAAACAAAGUACCGCCAGAAGCUUUUGUAAAAUAAACCUUCCACUUCUCCGACCAGCCUGUCUAAUAAUUCUUCGGAAAUUAUUUUUGUUUCAUAAUUAGUGUUCUCUCUGUUUCCCUAAGAAAUCUUUUUCCUUUUAGUAGGACCUCUUAAUU